CUGGUUGACAUUUGUCAAACAUUUGUUAUGGUUGACUAAUCAUAUUUUCAAUUGCGGGUUUCACCUAGUUUUUGUUUAAUUUCUCUUUAUUCCGUUUAAAGUUGAAUUAAAUCGCAUGAAGAUCUGCCGCCGUUAUUGGUGCGUGUAGUGAUGAGAUUUCACGCAAGUGACUUGACUGCCAGUGCAAAAUCAGCACACACAAUUGAAUGAUGGACAAUCAAAUAAUAGGGCCUCAAAGCCCAGAUGUGCAAAAUGAAAAGAAUGUGGUGCAGAAUGGUAACUGCUCCUGUGAGGCUGCAGAAGAGGCUGUUUCUACCGACUCGGAUGAAUACCUUUCAGGGGGCCCUUUGAGAUACAAGAAUUACGACCUGGACUGCUCAACAGCAUCGAAUGUAACAUUAUUGGCUCAGAACAUGAGCAUAUCCGACAAUAAUGAUAAUUCUAGUAUUACUGACAACAUGUCAUUUACUAAUAGUGAUAUUCUAAACCCCAUUCAAAUCCCAAUUGUGGGCUAUGAAAUAAUGGAAGAACGAGCCCGAUUCACUGUUUAUAAACUAAGGAUAGAAAACAAAAUCAAUGGAGACUGCUGGUAUGUUUUCAGAAGAUACACAGACUUUGUGCGAUUGUGCAAUCGAUUCCGCAAUAAAUUCCCGGAUGUAAUCAAACAUUUACCGAGAAAAAGGUGGUUGAAAAAUAACUUUGAUCCAAUUUUUCUGGAUGAACGAAUAAACGGCCUGCAAACCCUCGUGAACGCCAUCUUGCAACAGCCAGAUUUGGUCAGUUCUAAAGAAAUACAAGAGUUUUUUUGCAUCAAUGAACCUCCAGUCCAUUCCGACAGCAAUGAGGAAUCACGGGCAAUAUUUGAAGCUUUGGAAGACACAAUAGCCGAUUUGAAAUUGCAGCUGAGAGAAAAGGAAGCUCAUAUCGACAGUCUGGAACAGAAGCUCCAGGGUGUAUUGAAUGAGAACGAAAACUUGAAAAAGGGCUCAUUUCCGAGCCCGUUGCAAAAUAAUCAGGAAGUAAGGGAAACUCAAACGAUUACCAAAGAAGGACCAGUUAAGUUGUGAUGUGAUAUUUUAUACCAGAAUUUGUUGUUGUGUCAGAUGAGAUAGAUAUUUAUUUUAUACUUUAACAAUAAUGAUCUUAAUAUUAUAUGCAAUAAGAAUAACAGUA